AACAGGUGUGGGGUAAUGUCCCACUCUGCUGACUGGCAGGUGGCCAACACUUGAAUUUCAUUGACCUUUUAUUUCGUCACUGCGUCUUUGCCUCCUCUCCUGGAAGGUAACUUUAAGCUGUUUUUUGUCUUUCCUCUUUCCAGUCGGGACAGUGAAUUUCACCGCGAUCGUGGAGGAAACUCCGCAACAGUCCUCAUUAACAUUCCCUGUCCGUACACUCAGCACGAAAACCUCCUCUUUUUUUUUAGUGGGUGGCACCGGCGUGCUGCGCGCCUCUUAAUUGCGCACCGUGCGUUAAAGGAGCGGAUCGCGCAUCACGCUGCCUGGAGGCGGACAGUCGCUCCCGGUGUUCGCUCACGGCAGCGGGGAGAGGUGAAGGUUGGGCGCCAGAGGGUCUGGAGGUCCAGGGAAAGGGUGUCGCCCCCUGCGCAUCGAGUCCAAGCGCCCCGGACACCACCGUGGAAGCCACGGCGACGCGAUCCGCUCCCGCAGUCCGCCGCCGGAGCUCGUGAUUCUGACAUUUCUGCGGGCAACAUGUGCGCCAGGACGGUGUGAAGAAGUGUGACACGGCGGCUUUUUGGGGAGCAUUUCUCUCGGAUACUGCCAAGUACCCGACGAUACGGCGCACCUUGUGUAAUAGAGAACCAUGAGCACUGUGGAGGAGGAGCCGGACCACAUGAUACCAUGAAGACAAGCCUGCAGGUCCUGCGCUGCCAGCUGCUGAGUGUUCUAGCAUUCCUAGCACUGCCAGUAGGCCUGGUGUCAUCAGCACAGGAGCUGUACCUCAGCCAGACGUCCCAGGACUCUGUCUCCAUGGCAGCCACCCACAACAUCCCCCCGUCUCCCUCCAAACCUCCCCGACUGGAAUGGCCUCAGGAAGGCUCCAGUAGCGGAGAGUGGUCAUCCAAAAGCACGCAACCCGCAAACAUCAUCCUUCCCACUGCUCCCCUCCCUCCUUUAGCUUUGCUUCACACCCAAACUUCCAGCCGCGAGGAUCCUCCCAUCUACAACACGAAUACUGUCACCCCAAACACUGUGAGCACUGACAGCCGUGUGAAUCUGCCCAACUCUGAUACUGUAAACCAAGGCCUCAUGCACAAACCAGUCAGGGUACCUCAAGUCCAUAACCCAGUUACUGUCAGCACUAACCAGGCCAGCAGCAGCAGCCCUAAAUUUUCCAGCACAGCGAUCCCAAAUAUAGAUGUGGAAUCUGUUGCGAGAGGAGCUCCAAACCCCCUUGCGUCCAGCUCUGGAUCAGACAGAGGGGAUACACUCGAUGCACACCACUUGGGGCCUCAGAGGCUGAGCGUAGAGGAUCCCAUUGACCCCAGGCAGCCCCCAGCUCGGCAGCCUUCCUCCCUCUCCUAUUCUUCAGUGGACGCUGAUGCUGCACGAGGCCUGAAACUCAGGGAGCACGCUGCAGGAUCACCAGAGCGGGUCGCCCACCACACCAUCACCCAGCGGGAGGUGCACGGAGUGAACGAACCCCCCACCAGUGAGCUAGCGUUAGAGCCAAAAGGAAUAUCUGCGAGUCCGAUUGAGGAUCCACCAGAGAAUCUAACCUCCACUGCGUCCGCCCCGACAAAAUCCACAGAGCCGAGCCUCAAGUUACAGAACCCAGCAGGCGUCUUAAUCAACCACACUGCGGCCAACGAGACCAGCACUGAGGAAGGUCGUGAUGUUCGAGACAAUGGCACAGGCAGCCCCCCCGUGGGACACUGGAUGGGGAAUGUAACGGCGUUUGGAGGGCUGCUCUCUAACAGCAGCUCGGUCGAGGAUUCGCCCGCUCAGGGGAACAGCUCCGAGCCCCCCUCCACCGCCAGCGGGAACUUCUUGAACAGGCAGGUACCGGCCACCACCCACGACCCCUGGACGCCCGGCAACAACUCGGGCCCCACUGUCGAGUCCCCGCCGUCACGCAUGACCAUCUGCCUGAGCAGGAUGGACAUCGUGUGGAUCGUGUUGGCCAUCAGCGUACCUGUGUCCUCCUGCUCCGUGCUGUUGACUGUGUGCUGCAUGAGGAGGAAGAAGAAGUCGUCAAGUCAGGAGAACAACCUCAGUUACUGGAACAACGCCAUCACCAUGGACUACUUCAGCCGGCACGCUGUGGAGCUGCCCAGAGAGAUACACACUCUGGAGAGUGAGGAGCAUGACACCUGCCUACCCCCUAAUGGAGACUACAGCGGCAGCAGCGUGGUCCUGGUUAACCCCUUCUGCCAGGAGACCCUCUUCAUCAACAGAGACAAAGCUUCUGCCAUAUAGAGACAGAAAGGAAAAAAGAAAAGAAAAUCGCUGCUGGAUCGUCCUCCUUUACUCCCCCUGCUGUUGUUGUCUAUUUUAUAUAUGUGGUAAAUAUUCAGAGACUUUUGACUUUAUACUGUAUAUUACAAACACAAAGAGCAACCUGAGAGAAGAGCGAUGUAAACAGACACUAUUUACUAUGAGGAUGCACCUGCAUAUUUUUCUGAUGUACAUUUUCUACAAAAAGGCUUAAUUGUGAUAAAAGGUUUUUAUUGUCUUUAUAAAAAUACAGAGUAUAUGUGGGUUUUGUUCCAUUACAGUGGCUUGACGGUGAGUGCACUGCGGAUGUGGCCACAUGAGAAUCUGCUUUAGAGAGAGCAAAAUGUGCUAUGAAGACAUUUAAGCUGUUCUUUGUAAUGUUAUUUUUCUUUUAAGAUCAAUCCCAAAAUACUUAUAGCCUGUUGAACUUGAAUAUAGCACCUACAUAGUCAGGGGGAAAACAGAAAUGUGUGGAAAAAAUGCUGUAUGUGAAAUCAGGGCCUGUAUUUAUCAAACUUCUUAGACACUAUAUAUUUAAGAAUCCUCCAAAAAGCAAUUAACUUAAAGUAAGCAGACAUUUAAAAACCCAAGUUUUAAAAGUAUUGUUGUUUAUUCUUUGACAAAAAAAUCAUAUAUUUUACUCAGUGUGAUGCUAUUAUGUAAAAAAAAAAAAAACAUGUUAAUUUUCUGCCUGGCAAUCUUUUUACUCUUAAGCUGCGACACGAACAAUAUAUUCUGAAUAUAUAAUAAAUAUUUUUAUGAUAAUUCAAAUUUUUUUCCCCUUGUAAAAUCGCCCUCCACACCUGAAAGAUGCUUUGUAGGAUAAAAAACGAACAAAAAAUAUACUAAUGCAAAAUUUUUACGUAAAAAUCAUAAAAACACAAACUCAAACAAUAAAACGUUUGUAUGAAAAAUAAAUAUUACAUUAUAAAUAGUGGUUAAAAAAUAGAAAAUUCGAGGGAAUCUAAACAAAAAGUCAAACAAAAUGGAAAAGUAAAGAAAACCUGCUGCUGGUAGAGACGAGCUACAUCGUAGAAAUUAAUUAAGGCAAAACUCUUUGACAAAUGCAUUAAAAAUGUAUAGAAAAGGAUUUCAAAUACUUUGUUGUUGUUUUUACCCAUGACAAAUACAGAAAGACGAAAGAAAGCAUUGUUAUGUAAAGAUGCGUUUGAUUUCUGUCUGUCCUUUUGUGCAGUUAAGCUGUAAAAUUAACAUUAUAUAUCCAAUGUAUUCAGAAUAUGUAAUACAUAUUAUCAUAAUAAUUCAAAUGCUUGCCUCAUAAAGUCACUUUCUGUUGUUCACAAAAACAUACUAAUGCAAAAUGUAAAGUAUAAAUCAUAAAAAACAUAGUCAAACAUUAAAAACGUAUAAAAAUGCAUUUUAAACUAUAAAUAGGGAUUCAAUAAUAGGAAAUUGGAAGAAAUCUAUACAAAAGAUGCCCAGAAUAGAAAAAGAAAGAAAGCCUGCUGCUAUUAGAUGAGCUACAUCCUAGAAAUUAUUUAAUGAGGUCUGUUGACAAGUGCAUUAAAAAUGUAUAGAAAACGAUUCCAAAUACUUUGUUGUUGUUUUUAUCCGUGACAAAUGCAGAAAGAAAAAGGAAAACAUCCUGUCAAAUGUUAAUUAAAUGCUUAUACAUAUGCAUAUGCGUUUUGCUUCAGCUGCUGUAGUCAUAUAGAAUGUACAAAUGUAUGAGAUCUCUCUGAAUUUCCAGUUUAUUUUAGGUCAAAUCAUGUUUUAUAAAUAGAAAAAGUCAAUUCAAUAAGUUUUUUGUCUUUCAGCAGUUUGAUAAGUACGGGCUCAGGUUUUAUUGAACAGAUUAUUUGAACGAUUCUCAGAUGCUGGUCAAAUAAAAGCGACUUAAAAUGGCUUUUCCCCCUCAUGUGUCACCAGCUUCACUGAAGAGGGACCACAUAGAUGUCUUAAGUCCUUAUGUUGGCCCUUUAUAUAUCAGUGUGUGUGUGUGAAGAAUGCCCUGUCGGUGCAUGUAAAUGUGCACUGAAGCGUGCGUGUGAACAGACCUGUCGCCCCCUUAACCAAAUGUCACGGUUAUUUUAAGUCAAACCAGACUUUGUAUCACUUUCGGCUCGUUUUUAUCUGUUUGUCUGUGCGUGUCCGUACCUGUGUGUGCCUCUGUAUGUGUGUUCGUCACUUGUCUAUAUCGUGAAGUGGCUACUGGUUUUGUCCCGGUGUGAGGAAAAAAAAAUUUCUCACCGCUGUAGGAAACAAUUAGACCAACCUUGCUACUGUUGUGUCUCCCUCCAUAAACAAAAGGUGUUUGUCCAUGUGUGUGUUGAACUGCUGAAUGAUUGUGAGUUAGUUGUCGAACCAUUAAUAAAUGUUAGAGACCUUAAACCAAGAAAAACAGCGAGACAAAUAAUGUACGGUGAAUAUUUACUGUGAGCACAUACAGAGCCGGUUUAAUCAGAAGAUUUGAAUGUUCUGUUGCGUUUUUGAACCUGUGGUCCUUCUGUCAUCUGUUUUACUUUGCAUUGCUGCAGUUUUCUUCAGUAAUCGAUGCUGCCUGCCUCUGUCAUCGCUAAAGAUUUUCUGCAUUGCAAGAUGUUCCGAAAUCACUGAGUGAAAAAAAGGUGACGCCGAACAACACAGUUAAACAUAUUGAUAUUUCCUGCAUUGGAUGCUCACAGCUGGGCUUGUUGUUUUGCACGCUCAAAAAAAAAAAAGUGGAUAUUUUACAAAACGUUCAGUGGCACGGUGGAGCAGUGUUCAACAUUAUGUAUUUUUUUGUACUGUAGUAUACACUGUACUUUUUACUGCUGAGCAAUAAAACAAAGAAAAGACAUGGA